UCUCCCCACUUACCUUUUGGCUUCCUCCUCCCUUCUGUGCCUCCGUCGGGUAGUUCAAAAUUCUUUUCUUUAUUUCUGAUACAAGUUCCAAAAACAAAGAAAAGACUCUUGAUUUGAGGUGGGUAUUUUUCCUGGUUUUGUUUAUUUUGGGUCAUGGCAGUUUGCUGUGAUCUUGAGGUGGAUGUUAAUGGAAAGGAGACUUUCCUACUAGACAAGAAAAUUAUUUGCUCAUUUUCGGGCAGGUUAAGCAAAUUAUUUGGUAAAUCCACAGGUGCCAAGAGAAAUAAAGUGAUAUUCCAUGACUUUCCUGGAGGGGCAGAGAAUUUUGAACUUAUGUCAAGGUUUUGUUACAACAAUGGAAAAUUUGACAUAAAUCCUUCAAACAUUUUCUUGUUAUAUUCUGCUGCUCAAUUCAUGGAGAUGAACAAUUCUGUAUCAGGAAACUGUAAUCUAUUAGAAAAAACCAAGAAAUCCAUUGAAGAGAUCAGCUAUUGGACAUGGCCUGAUCUCUUGGUUGCUUUGAAGCAUUGCCAAGAUUUACAGCAGGUUGCAACUUCUUCAGGUAUACUUGAAAAAUGCUUGGAUUCACUUGUUGGGAGGUUGGCCAUGACCAGUGAAGCAAGUCCUUGUGCAUCUACUUCUUCUCCAGAUAGCUCAGGUUUCCGGCUUUCCUGUGAUACUAAAAGUACCGAGAGUUUGAAAAACAGCUUCUCUCGAGCAACAUGGUGGUUUGAAGACCUUUCAGUUUUGAGUCCCAAUUUGAUUGAAAUGCUGAUAAAAUCUAUGGUCUCUCGGAAGUACAAUCAUGUAAUCAUCAGCCGGUUCCUCUUCUAUUACCAGAAGUCAAAGUUUUAUACUGCCUCAUGUGACGAGAAACGCAAAGUUUUAGAAAUUGUGAUUGAUAUACUUUACACUCUUGAUCCAAGUUCUAUUUCAUCCAAGAGUUUGUUUGGGAUUCUUCGAGUGGUGCUGAGUUUGAACAUAAACAAAAGUAGCCGGAACAAGUUGGAGAGUAUGAUAGGUUCUCAGAUAGAUCAAGCAACAUUAGAUAAUCUGCUAAUUCCAUCUCCAUAUGGGACAAGUUAUUUGUAUGAUGUGAAUCUUGUCCUCAGGUUUCUGAAAGCAUUUCUGCAUGGAGGAGGCUGGCAAUUAUCUCCAAUGCGAAUGAAGAAGGUUGCUAGCUUGAUAGAUCUAUAUAUAGCAGAAGUAGCUCCGGAUCCUUGUCUAAAAUCGUCAAAGUUUCUUGCUUUGGUAGUGGCCCUGCCGGAUUCUGCCAGGGACUCUUGGGAUGAACUAUACCACGCCAUGGACAUUUAUCUGGAGGUGCAUGCAGGGUUGUCUGAAGAAGAAAAAAUAAAGAUAUGUUGUGCACUGAACUAUGAGAAGCUCUCUACAGAGGCCUGCAUACAACUUUCUCAGAAUGCAAAAUUUCGGUCUAAAAGUACAGUAAAAGCUCUCAUCUCCCAGCAAUUGAAGCUCAAGAACUUACUCCAGGGCACUAACGAUGCUAAACUAUACACAGAUUCUCCUUGUAGUUUCAUCGAAACGAGAGCCAAGGCAAAGAAAGAUGAAGCCAGUGAACAAAUUGUUUUAUUCUCUGAGAGACUAGACAUAUCAGCUGACAAUGAAAAUCUCAGAACACGUUUACAAGGGAUGCAAUGGAGGGUGACGGAAUUGGAGAAAGUCUGUAAGAAAAUGCAGACCCAGAUGGCCAAAAUCAUGAAAUCAAAAGAAUCAAGCCAUAGUACUGCAAGAUCCCUGCCCAGGCUCUGUUCAUGAAAGCAAUUUUGCACAAUAUUUGUCUCUUAAUUAUUUCCUUGUCUAUGUAUAGCAUUGAGGUAUAAUUUUUUCCCCUUUGUUCUUUUAGAUAUUGAAUUCAGGAAAAA